AUGCCUAAAGAGAGGAAACAACGCUCUGUAUCUCAUGAGAGGUUUAAAGGAUCUUCACUCUAUUGUGAGUCAAGUCGUGCUUUGAAGAAGCCAAGUGAGAAAGAAGUUAAGGAAUGGGAAGAAGCUCGAUGUCCUGUCUGUAUGGAACAUCCACACAAUGGAAUCCUUCUCAUUUGUUCUUCCUUUGAUAAUGGAUGCAGGCCUUACAUGUGUGACACUAGUCACCGGCAUUCAAACUGUUUCGAUCAGUACUGUAAAGCUUCUAAGCAGACGCCAACAACUGAGACAGAAGGUGUAGAAGUAGCUUCAGAGUCAAGAGAUGAGGCUGUGUCUGAGGUAACAGUUGUGAAUGCGAGAGAGGGUGAGAGAGGAGAAGAAGAAGAAGAAGAAGAAGAAGGGAAACCGAAGCUUAUUUGUCCGUUAUGCCGUGGGAAUAUAAAAGAAUGGGUAGUUGUUGAAGAUGCUCGUUGUUUCAUGAACGCGAAGCAUAGAAGCUGUUCUUCAGAGACUUGUGAGUUCAGUGGAACGUACUCUGAUCUGAGAAAGCACGCGAGGCUUCUACAUCCAGGAGUGAGGCCAUCAGAAGCAGAUCCCGAGAGGCAGAGAAGCUGGAGGAGGUUAGAGAGGCAGAGAGACUUGGGGGAUUUGCUUAGCACACUGCAGUCUUCCUUUGGAGGAGGAGGAGGAGGAGAAGAAAGAAGCAGCAGCAGCAACGACGAUGAAAUCAUGUCGUUUGAUGAUGGUGGUUGGCUUACUGUGUUUUUCCUAAUCCGUGUGUUUAGGCCAGAGUCGAGUGGUGGCUCAAGGAGUAGUAGUAGCUGGUCAGGUACGUCUAGGGCUAGGUCACAGAUAGGUGUGAGGAGAAGAUCUUCAAGGCUUUGGGGAGAGAGCUAUGAAGGUGAGACAGGAACAUCAUCUAGAGGUAGGGAGAAUAAUAAUCGGUCUUCUGAUGAACAAGAGGAGUCUGGAACUCAAAGACGGCGUGUCAGAAGGAGAUAUUACAUUGAUGAUGAUGAUGAGGAGGAGACGUAAUUGCUCUGGGAGUAUACAAUUUGGUUUUUUAAACUUCAUGAAAAAAAAAAUAUGGGGGAAGCUUUGUAUUAAUAACCCCCCAUGUUGUGAGACCUAUUAUGUAAAAUUUCGUUGGAGAUUGAAAAAAAAGUUUCUAUUGAGAAACAAAAUGUUAACAAUAAUUUUUACCGUUUUACAAAAUCUUUGUCAUAGCACAGUUA